GCGCAGAAAGCGGGCAGAGGCGCGGGCCAUGCUGCGGCUGGCGCCCGCCGGGGCCCGAGCCAUCGUGGACAUGUCGUACGCCCGCCACUUCCUGGACUUCCAGGGCUCCGCCAUCCCCCGCGCUAUGCAGAAGCUGGUGGUGACCCGGCUGAGCCCCAACUUCCGCGAGGCGGUCACCCUGCACCGGGACUGCCCGGUGCCACUUCCCGGGGACAGAGACCUCCUCGUCCGGAACCGAUUUGUUGGUGUUAAUGCAUCUGAUAUCAACUAUUCAGCCGGCCGAUACGACCCUUCAGUAAAGACCCCCUUUGACGUAGGUUUCGAAGGUGUAGGAGAGGUGGUGGCCCUAGGCCUGUCUGCCAGUGCCAGAUACACUGUUGGCCAAGCUGUGGCUUACAUGGCGGCUGGCUCUUUCGCUGAGUACACAGUGGUGCCUGCCAGUGUUGCGACUUCAGUGCCCUCUGUGAAACCCGAGUAUCUCUCCCUGCUGUUAAGUGGUACCACCGCAUACAUCAGCCUGAAAGAGCUCGGAGGACUGUCUGAAGGGAAAAAAGUUUUGGUGACAGCAGCAGCUGGGGGGACGGGCCAGUUUGCAGUGCAGCUUGCAAAGAAGGCCAAGUGCCAUGUGAUUGGAACCUGCUCUUCUGAUGAAAAGUCUGCUUUUCUGAAAUCUCUUGGCUGUGAUCGUCCCAUCAACUAUAACACUGAGCACGUGGGUGCUGUCCUGAAGCAGGAGUACCCCGAGGGUGUCGACCUGGUGUAUGAAUCCGUUGGGGGAGCCAUGUUUGACGUGGCUGUAGACGCCCUGGCCAUCAAAGGGCGCUUGAUAGUCAUUGGGUUUAUCUCUGGCUACCAAACUCCUACCGGCCUUUCCCCUGUGAGAGCAGGAGCAUUGCCAGCCAAACUGCUGAAGAAAUCUGCCAGCGUCCAGGGCUUCUUCUUGAACCAUUACCUUCCUGAGUAUCGAGCAGCCAUGGACCACUUGCUUCAGAUGUGUGCAAGUGGGGACCUGGUGUGUGAGGUGGACCUUGGAGAUCUUUCUGCAGAGGGCAGGUUUACCGGCCUGGAGUCGGUAUUCCGGGCCGUCGAUUAUAUGUACAUGGGAAAAAACACUGGAAAAAUUGUAGUUGAAUUACCUCACUCUGUCAACAGUAAGCUGUAAAAACAGAACAAUGACAUAAAUCAAAGGAGAAAGAAAAUGGGUACUUUAUGCCUCAGAAUUACUCAAAUCAAUUUAUUUUUAGUUGAAAUGGAGAUAAUAUUUCUUAAAACAAGAGUAAGGUGUUAAGGAAUAGGUUUCUCUUUCUCUUCUUUUUUUUCUCUCUUUGCCCCUCACUUGAAAAAAAAAUGUGCUAAUAAAACUUCCCUCGAUGGCUCAGAGGUAAAACUUUUACAUUCAAGUCUUUAGUCAUGGACAGUCUCAUUCCAGACUUUAUUGUUCCAGGGAACUAAAUUAAUUCCUGAUGCAAGAUCUGAUCAAAUCAGUAUGUCCUCAGCUUGAUGAGAUUUUAAAAUCGGUCUUAAAAAUAGUUCACAAAUUCUUUGCUUUGGAGAGUUUGGUCUUAUGCUAAUAAGUAGUUAAUAAAUAAGAGAUAUUGCAAAGUCAGCCAUAUUUCAGAGUCCAUAUUCUCAGGACGUGGCUUUUUUUUUCCUAUAAAUCACUAGCCAACUAACUAAAUAGAUUUUAAGGAAUUACCCCAAAACUUUGAUUUUCUUAAAUUAUUAGAAAAAAUGAUUAAGUGAGCACAAACCUAUUUUAAAGAAGUAACUCUUAUUUAAUGGCUUUUAUGCACAAUCAUCCUGGUGAGGGAAAAGAGAAUUUCUCUUUUCCCUUCGAAGUAAAUUAGUGUUGAAAACAUAUAGACAAAAAGCAGGUUUUAGAAAGAGAAACUACAGAGAUUCAGGGGACUUUAAAAACUUAAUACAUGCCCAGGAAAGGGAAAAGUAUGUGCUACACCCACAUUGGCGGUCUACACAACACAACUUUGCCAUGCGUGGGAAAGCACUGUGUAGGCACACUGCAAGAGGGUCACACCAGCCUGCAGCAGGGUAUAUCAAAUAGCACUGUGCAAAGCAGGGGCCCAGGGGAUCUUGGGUAAUAAUACAGUUGCUUCGUGUGGUAGAUGUUCAGACUAGAAGGCAUGUUUUAUCUCUGAUCCUGGAAGCAGAAUAGCAGCCACUGAUCCUAUGUUCACAUUUUACUUCUCCACAUGUUCUAGUGCAAUGAAAUGCUUCUUGUCACUCUAUCCCAAUGUCACACACGUGAGAGUAAGAAGUCAUGCCCGGAGCUGCUCUGCCUGCCUCCUAACCUUCAGCUCACCAGAGACUGCCACAGCUUUCAUCGUUGAGUUGGAAAUCCCGUAGUGCCUUUCUAGUUGAAGGCAAAGCCCACCAGAUUAUUUUUCAAAGCCUUGGGUUUCCGUGUAUCGAACAUGCUAAAUAAAUAUGAACGCAAUUAAAGAUGCUCCUGGAACCCUGGUGACCAUAUUUAAGUUUUCUUUCCUUCCGUCUGAGGAGCAAGGAAAUCCUCCUGCUGAAUAGCUGUUAGUAUCUAUUUUACAAGAUUUACUCAUUUUCAGGUACCUAAUGUAGCUGCUAGCAUGCAUGCACAACAAUACAAUUUAUAUGGUAAAUGGGACCAAAUAAUGGCUUCACUGAAUGUUAUGGCUGCACUGAAGGGAAAUGUCACGGUAAAUAGCUGCCAAAUUAUGGAUCAUGCCGAAGUGUCACAACUGCACUGAAGACAAAUGGCACUAGAGGCUAUUGCCACUGUGACGCUUUUGAGUUAUGAAGAGGGUAGCAGCCUGAUGCGAGGCUCUGUGUCCUCAUUAUAGCAAAGGGUUACUAGUGCAGGGUGCAAGGAAAGCCGGGCCAGUGUGGGCUCAGUUAUUAAUCUGUCCCUUUCAGACCUAACAGCUGUAGCAAAACGGAAAGAGACUUUGCCUCGCUUUCAGAUACACAAACAAACAAAGGGGAGGGGGCAGGUUUUAUGAAAUGUAACUGCACAGGAAAUGCCUGGUAAGGGAGGAACAUUGUAAUCAAAUCAGCUCAUCAAAGAUUAUUAUUAAACGUAGCAUAGUAUACGUCUGAUAGGCCUAGCUGCCGCUUGUGCAGAGGGAUGUGUGAAAUCUCAGCAAUGAUGCGCUUUCCCCUUUGUCAAGACUUGAGGAGUAAGGACAUUGCCAACCAAAUUGCUGCUUCUAAACUGAAGUGUGUCCCGGUUUCUUUCACUUUCAUGGGUGGGUAAUAAAGAUGAAAGACCAACAUUUUAACUGAUGGAUCCCUUAAGCUACAGAAUAGAAAUUUAUUAUGUUUUGAAGGAAUAUACUAAAUUCAGCUAUGUAAAAAAAAAUUUUCAAAUACCCAGGUUUAAAAUAAAAUAUAAUCUGAAAACCUCAUGCUCUCUCUUUCCCCAAACUAAGGAACUACAGUGCAUGCUGUUUUCAUUUAUUCUUAGAAAAUAAGCAUGAAAGAUUCCGCCCAUUCAGAUAAUGCCAAAAAUAUGUUUAAACUUUUUUUUUGUUCUUCUGAAAAAUGAUUUGUAAAUUGAGGGUCAUAGUUCAGCAUCAGUUUCAUCUUCUGGGAUUAUCGUUCAAGACCAGCCGCUAAUGGGAGGUGAAAUGGUGCGAUGCUCUCAACACCUUUCUUCUGAACUGCAUUACAUAUCACAAAAAGCACAUCCAUAAUUCAGGGCAAUUGUCAGUCUUUGUUUUAGAGACGGGGCCAGGGCUGGACGAUCGUGGAGGAGGAGUUAUUUCCCAGUUCUCAAGGUGGCCUUCUCUGCACAUCAGCCUUGAGGCCUCUGGCUGGGCACAUGGAGGGGCUUGACUCUGGUAGGUGAGCCGAGAAACCAGAGGGUCCCAGCUGUUCCUUACCAUUCCAUUGUGACUUCUAAAAAGCCAAAUGCUAUUCCUUCAAAUUUGUUUUGCAUGCAAAAAAUACCAACAAUGUCAUUUUGGGUCCCUUUGAUGAUGACUUCUACUGUUGACCAAUUUCAGCGUUAAAAAAAAAUUCAGAGAAUAGUUUGCAAAGAAACAACACAGAAGUUUUGCGUGAUACGUUCUAUAAAUUGUUAUUGUAUGAUUUCAUCUGAAUGGAGUUUCUCAGGAGUAGGACAGAGCCUCUGUAAAUGAUCAUUAGUAUUACAUUCAGUAUUUAUCUAUGAAAGUGCAGUGACAAAUGGCUGCUUCUUAUUAAAAUGAAAAUCCUGCAUUAUGUGCUUAAGGAACUUUCCAGCUAAUGAGGAUGUAAUGUCCUCAGUACAACACAGACCUUCUUUUUUGUUCACCACCACAAGAUGCUGGAAACUUGACAAAUGAUAUCAUUUAAGACACAUGCCUGCCGUAGGGACCUGCUUUUUGGCUUCCUGUUUCUGGCUUUUAUUUAGGUAACAUUUAUAAUGGCCACCCGACUUGUAAUGGGUAAUGUUUUAACCCCUUCGUGGAGUUCCCAAUUAGGUUGAGUUUACUACUUUCAGAGUUUCCUUUAAAAGGGAGCGGGGCUGCUUAAUCCUGAAAAUAUUUUACUUGAUCACUUUACCACCCGUACAUAUAGGAUAAAUACCAUAUUUUAGAUUUAUAUAAAAACAGAUGAGCAACAUACAACUUUCAGAAAAAAUACAAUGGAAAAAGACCAAGCACAAUCAGCUAUGGACAAUGAUUUCCCACGGGUUAAAAUGCAAGCUCUAUGAAUGGAACCCAGAUGCGAAAUGACCUGAUUUGAAGGAUUCAUAAUUACUCUUCUCUAUACUUUCCACUUUCUUGUUUUAUUAAAUAGUAUUUGUUAUUUAUAGUACUUAUUCAGACACACAGUUUAUCUAUGCAAACUUUGUUAGUUAAUUUUUGUGUUUGGAGUUUAUUGGGAUUUUUUUUUGAAAGUUAGAUUUUCCGUAACUAAUUUUCUAGUUAUGGCCCAGAAUUAAAUAUUUAGGAUCAUAUUUCAGAAGUUGAAAUGUAAAACUCUGGAUUAUCAAUGCUGUUGGUGUGGGCAUUUUAAGCUUUGAAUUCUAUUUUUUACUAGACCUUUAGCAUCAUGUUAUUUCAACUUAUAAAAGGAAGAAUGUUUGAUAUGAGAACCUUAUUGCUGUUACAUGAGCAAACUAUGGAAUGUUGGCCCAAAAAAACAGCUAACCAAAUUUGUAAAUAAUAUUUUACCAAUAUUUAUCAGUUCAAGUAAUUCUUGAUAGAAGAGAGUUAAUAUUCAAAGAAAGUCAAAUAAGGUGCAUAUUUCAAUUAUGUAUGCUUGAGUCUUCUGUAGAAUUCUUUCACUAGAUCUGAGUAGCUAAUGAGAUGUGACGGUAAGACUAAAAGUGUCCUGGUGUAAGUACCGUCCCAGCAUCUGUUGAUACGACAUAGUGCCCAUCGCAGGCCUGCCCUUCAGUGCUUGCUCAAAGCAUCCCGGGAGACAGGGCCACUCUCGGGAAGCGUGUCUUGGACCCCUCCAGCAGCAGGCUAAGUACUGCAUGGAGUGUAGUUUGGGGAAACCAACAUGUGGCUCGUAUGUGCCCAGAAGCACUGAGCCAAAAGUACAGAGAUUCCAACGGCCCCCAAAUGAAGAGUUCCCCUUGAAGGGCACUAUCUGACAGUGUUUCUGCCAACGUGAAAUUAAAAUAAUAAUUAAAACACACCCAACUGACUGGUGUUAAUGUCCAGUACGAAAGAUGGAUUUGAGCUUAGAGCUCAGGAAAAUGUUCCAUAAAAUUGUCAGCGGCUGUUGUGCUUUCUCCUCCCAGGUGAAGAGCUGACUGCAUCUUAGAAUGACUUGAGUAAACGGUUUCUUUGGUCAGUGGGAGGUGCAGGAGCAUGUUUAGGGGCUAAAGGGUGUCCUGCUUGGAGGAGCCUUUGCCUUGCUCUCUGUGCGCCCACACCUGGGGGGUCGGCCAGCAGAAACUUAGACCUGGAAGGAGCCUGGGACACUCUGCCCUCAUAAAUGAGAAGACUCAAUUGUCCUUUAAACGGUAAAAUUUGAGAUUUAAGGGACAAUCUAGUUCUACCCAUUUUAUAAAUGAAAAAACUGAGAUCCAGCAAGAAUAGGUGCUUUGUCCAAGGUCACGGAGUUUAUUGGACUCGGAAAUGAAGCUGGAGCCCAGGCAGAUCCCUUCCUAGCGCAUCAGGCCGCUCUGUCCUACCCCCUUUGUAAUUUGCCAAGGUCCCUCGCUAUAUGGCUGAUUAAAAGUGCCACAAAAUAACAACUGGCCUCUGUUAUAAAUUUUUUGGUGGAUGAAAUGACGACCAACCCAGGAAGAAUAUCACAGUUCUGACCAUGAAAGUGUGUUCUACUCCAGACUCCGUUUAAUCCAGCACAAGUCAGGGUUCCAGAUCAUUUGCUUCUGUGUCAUCUGAAUACCACACAGCCUUUUGGGGGAAAAAAAAAAAAAAAAAACCCCAGUGGAAUUAACGGAUGAAUGCCUACAAUUUAGUUUUAAUGCUACAAGGAAAGUCUCGUCUCCUAUCAAUGUAUUCUUGUUUGUCAAAUAAUGAAAAUCAAAUAAAGAAAAUCUGUAUU